AUGACGCAGGUCUUCGAGAGCGAGGCGUGCCGCAUCUGGACGGGGGCCCUGGGUGCGCCCCUGCACGCCAUCGAGGACGCGGAGCAGCGCGAGCUUGAUGUGCUCCCUUUCAGUCUCCAGAUCUGGCUAAGUACGCAGCCGGACACUGCGUCUGUGGACGUCCAGAGCUCACGAAAGCAAGGUCUCCAUUUGGUCAAAAGCCCAGGGAUCAGUGCCAAUUCAGCGCAAUCCCAGCAGAACUCCGGUCUUUUGCUGCCAAUUGCAGCCUUAUCAUGCUUCUCACUGUACAGCCCUUCUCCCUUCGUGUCGAGUGUUCUAGUGGUGCUGGACGUGGAUGAUAGAUGGCAACAAGGAUAUUUCUUCGGUCGAGUGCGGCGAUCAGUGACAGGAAAAGAAGAUGUACGAACGGGAGACGGAGGCAAUGGGAGUGAUGAAUUUUACGACACCGAAGUUGCGGAAGAGCUCUUGGCUGCUCUGCACACGGCGUUCCCCAAAGUCCCGCUUUCCAGCUCGGCCAAAGAGUGUCUUUCAAAGCGAGAGAUAUGUCGACGUGCGGGUGGACCUAAUAAGCUUGGUCAGAUGGUGAAAAGAAGGAAAACGUUGUCUGCUGAAGCGUUUUACGGGGCGGGUACACCGAAGCCGGCACUUCCAGGACCUUCGGGGGGCAGUGCGUCGGAUAACAGUUGGGGGUCGUUCUAUGAGAAGCUCCAAUUUAGAGUCUCACACUCACUGAUGUGCCAACUAGAAGGCACGGCACCUAUUUCCUCCUCAUUUCCGCGCCAGCACGAAGCGUUCGAGUUUGCCGAUCAGGUUGCUGCCCUUCGGAGACGAGUGAAAGCUUCUCGUGGUGUGUCAGGAUAUGUCGGGCCUGAUGAUGAGCGUGUGCCCCGAGUGUUUUCGUUUGAAAGCGCUGGUGACGGCAAGCGCCGUUUUCUCGUUGCGAGCUUUGCCGAGUUCUGGAAGAACUACAAGAAAACUCGAGUAGAUCAACGCCACGUCUACGAAAUUAUUCGCGAGGGUACGCCCUGUCGACUUUACUUCGAUCUGGAAUUAAAGCGGGCUAUCAAUCCCCACGUGGAUGGAGAUUCGCUGGUUACUCGGCUUGUGUCCUUGCUUCAACUCCAGCUCUAUCGCAGGUAUGGGAUUCACACGCACCUUGGAAGUAUUUAUCAAUUGGACUCGUCAACACCGGCCAAAUUCAGUCGUCAUCUCAUUUUUCACUUACCUGAUGGUGCUCUCUUCGUGGACAACCUUCAUGCCGGAGCAUUUGUUCGCGAGUUUAUUAGCGAUCUCGUGGCAUUCAGCGGUGAUGAUAGCGAUGAUCGGGAAGCACACGACCUAUUCACGCCUUUUCUUAUCAACACGGAGAGCCAAGAUGACCCCGUUGACAAGAAACAGCUCUUCAUUGACACGGGCGUGUACACUCGAAACCGCAUGUUUCGCGUGCUAGGAUCGUCGAAGUUCAAGAAGAACGCCAUCUUACGCCCACUCAAUGCAUCAUCUUCGACACCAGACGAGCUGAAUCAAGAUUUGUUUGUGAACACGCUGGUCUGCCCGUAUCCGUCGCUAGAGGCCAUGGAGAUGAACCAGCCGACCAUACGUCGCCGACUGCUUCGUUGCGAGCCAUCUCCUACAGCGUUGGGGCGCAGCAAGCGUUUUACGACUUCCAGAUCUACAUCCAAGACCCUCCCAAGCUCAUCAGUAGAAUGUCGACGUUCAAUCUAUCCUGCGUUAGACACGUUCAUACGCUCCAUUUCUACCACCGGCGGCGUUCAGGGCGAGAUUCGAGCAAUUCAAAUGCUGAUGGCGAACAACUCCGCGAUGUUAGCUGUUCUACCGGGUCAGCAACCCAACCAAGAAGAACAGACUGGAGACACAACAACAGCGGCGCAAGCGUACCCGUGGAUGAUCAUCUAUCACAUGGCUCGUAAUCGCUGGUGUGCGAAUAUUCGACGACCGCACAAAAGCAACAACGUCAUGUUCAUCGUGGACAUCGACCAGCGGGUAUUCUAUCAGAAGUGCCAUGAUCCAGCCUGCCAAGCGAUCGACUUCAGGUACGAUGAUAAAUCUUUCAGUAUUGUUGCAGCUUCGUGA